AUGGGAACUAUUGGAAGCAGUAUGGUCGAUGCCAUUGAUAUUCCAAUUCUGAAUCUUGAUCAAGGCGCAAUUGGUGAAAAUAUUCGAGAUUUGACUCUCACUUUAGGACAUGCUCAAGGAAUAGGUGACAUAAGCACAGCAAUUGAAUCAUCUCUAUCAACUGUGUCAACGGAUGUUGGUGGAUUGUUUUCUCAUCACUAUAGCAAUAUUGUAUCGGUAUUCUCUAGCGGAAACGAUAACGAUAAUGAUGGUGAUAAUAAUGAUAGCAAUGAUGAAAACUAUGCUGAUAAUGCUGGUAAUGAAUCAGCACCAUCAACGUCAGGGAAUUAUCUGCACGAAUGGACACCCCAGUACAGCUCAACGUUGUCCAUAUUUGCAACAUUGUCAUCCGGAAAUUUUUUGUCUGAAAACGAAAUAACACAAGUCUUCUCACGGUAUGGAAAUAUAAAAGAAGUAAAAUGGAUUCAAAUAAGCGACAAUAACGGUUACAUCAUUGUGUUCAGUAAUGAAAUUGAAAGAGAGAAUGCUAUUAAGGCUGUUUGUCAAUAUCAGCUGUUAUUUGUAAAGUGCAGUUUAGACAAACAUAUGAAGAAUGUAGAGAUAGUUUUUGCUUGGUCAGCUACAGGAAAAGGAUUGAUCGAGGUAAAUACAGGCUGA